UAUGGCGAGGAAGAACUUAUGAGGGUUCUAUGUUUGUGACACUUGAUUCGUUAAGUAGGAUAGGCCGGGUGUUCGCAGCAGGCAAAUAAAGCUCACUUAGUAUUAUGAAAUUAGUAAUUAUUUCAAGUCUUUUUCUAUUUCUAAUUUAACUUACGAGUACUUAUUGUUUCAAGUUCUUUUUGUCUAUUUUAAAUUUCACUUCAAACAUCACGCUUUUCGGAGGAAUUUGUUAAGUUUCGCAAUCGUGUGAGGUGACUUACUCGUUUGCCAAACAUUUUGAACUAGCACCGUGUCGGUCCUUCUCGUCCUUCGUCCUGCGGCUGCGGCGGCGCGGCUGUGGCUGUGACGUUACAGUUAGGAGCGCGUGUUAUUCGCGUGCUUACACAAUAUAAUGUAAGCUUUUGUAUCGCGCUGUUUCAGUCCAGCUUUGACAAAUGUGCGCGUGCGUUCUGUGGUGCCGUGCGAAAUGUCGGUCUUAGUGUUAUUGCUUGUUUCGACAGCGGCGCAUGGACUUAGCGAUGAGGAGUACUCGAGGUUCCCGCGUCUAUUUCACCUGGAUGACUAUGACACCUGCCUCUCCCAGCCUGGUGGCCUCUAUUGUGUGGGCAGUUUCCACAUUACACCAGUCACUCCAGAACACCCGACUUAUGAGUUAAUGAAGGAGUACUCUGAACAUCCUUCGAACUUCAACCGGACGGUACUUUACCGCGGCUACUGUGUCAGCUCGCGAUGUGGCACUGCGUCAGAAACAAACACUUCACUGCGCUUCGAACAAUGUGCCAAUCGUUGGGGGGAAAAGUAUGCGUUCCGACUCUCGCUUCAAAAGCUCCAGUACUGCAGAUCGUUUGCCCAGGAGUUUGCAAGGAAAAAUACACAGGAGCCGAUGGAUGAACCGCAAAAGAUAUUCCUGUCCGUCGUUUGUGCCUUAUUGUUCUUCAAUUUCAUAGGAACUGCUUAUGACUUGCUACUUGGCGACGAAAGAAAAAAGAGCAAACACUUAGUGUCGUGGUCCUUGCGCUCUAAUUGGAAUCGUCUGAUAGCUACCUAUGAGGAUGGCGACCCACGGCUCUCGGCUCUUAACCCUGUCCAGGGUGUGAGGGUGUUCCUGAUGUCUCUGACAAUACUGACCCACAGCGGCGUUAUACGUGGCUCCUUUUAUGUAUUCAACCCUCGAUUUAUUGAGGAGAUAGUCAAGUCUCCGCUACUGAUGUUGUUUUUCAAUGGCACAACUUUAAUCCAAUUCUUCUUGGUGAUGUCCAACUUCCUGCUCGCCUACAACCUGCUGCUUGCUUCAAAAACUCACGAGCUCAAAUUCAAGCACCUCCCGUUGUGUAUUUUGAAACGUAUCGCUAGGAUAACCCCUGUCUAUCUACUAGUGGUGGGAUACUCGGCAACAUGGUGGCCUUACGCCCGCAGCGGGCCCCUGUGGCCUACUCUGGUGGAGGCCGAGAGCGCCAUCUGCAGGAAGAAGUUUUGGUUCCAAGCGUUCUUUAUUAAUAACUUGGUUCAAGCUGAGGAGCAUUGCUUGGUGCAGACGUGGUUCCUAGCGGUGGAUAUGCAGCUGUAUAUCCUGGGCUCGGCUCUAACGCUGUAUCUGGCUUCUCGUCGCGACAUUGCCCUUAAAGUCCUGGGAGCACUUUUUGUAUCAUCAUUACUGCUCAACGCCGGACUGUCGUAUGCUUUUGAUUGGCAAGCUCUCGUGUACUUUGCUACGCCUGAGAACAUCCGCAAUAUGUACCUGAACGUCCCCUCGUUCUCCCGCCUGUACACGUCGCCGUGGGGCAGCCUGCCCGCUUGCUUCAUCGGUCUCUUCUUGGCACAUGUUCAUUUCGAACUUCAGGAGAAAGGACUUAAGAAGAGGGACAUUUCCUUUGUUGUGAACAUACUGUACCAGCUGGCUCCCCUGGUCCUGGUGUUCUGGGUGCUGUCGGGCACGUGGCUGCGCGAGUUCAGCACGCGCGGCUUCGUUGCGUUCUACGUGGCCCUUGAGCGAAUGGUCUUCAGCUGCUUCUGUGCUUUGAUACUCUUUGGAAUGUUCAAUGGAGGAUCGAAUAUGCUGAAGGAGUUUAGUGCGUGGCGCGGCUGGCACGCCAUGGGCCGCAUGUCUCUGUCGGUGCUGAUGCUGCACUGGUGUGUCAACACGAUAAUAGCACACUCUAGGCUGCAGCCGUCCACCACCACCGUUCUAGACGUGUUCGCAGAUUUUGCUGCGACGGGUUUCUACACGUAUUUGCUGGCCAUCCCUCUCACUCUUCUUGUGGAAAUGCCGAUCCAGAGGUUCAUAUCGGGACUCAUCUUGUGAUACAAUUUUAACUUUAAAAUACGCUUAAGAUUAGUAAAUGUUAAGUACAAUGUUAUGAAAGCAAACCCGAUGUAUUUAGACAUUUAAUUCAGAAUUUCCAUUUUUAGUCUCCGAAGUAAUAUUAUUUAUAGCCUGGUGGACAACACACUUUUUGGGUGCUGUGGUCUGGUUCGUCAGUAGCCUGAGCGGCGGGAUACUUCCUGUCUUAUUGUUGUAUUAUGAUUACUGUCAUUAGAUUCUUCUCGAUUGUGGUAGACAGGUGCAAUACGUGGGGGUGUCCCGCAAUGUGUCCCGAAAUGGGUAUUUCAAGCUGUAUCGUAGCUAUAAUCUCAACAAUGUAGAUCACGUUAAUAAUUGUAAACAAAUUAUCUAAGUCCUAUUUAGUAGUUUUAAACAAAAAUAAUGUAUUAAUAGUUUGAGUUAGGAUGAAAAUUCAGUAGGAAUAUGUUUCAAAAUAGCGCCUGACAUUAUCCGGAGGCGCGGAGUGAUUGUACUUUUUGUAAAUCGGUUUUCCUGCAGUGGCGUGACGUCACGACUAUACUGUCGCACGGGUCUUUGACGAGAUCCGUGAUGUCACAGAUUUGUGCUCAAGUAUGUAUUUGUAGUUAGUAGCAAUGGCGAUAUAAACGGUACCUAAUAUAUGUAUAUGUUUUAUUAAUCUUACAUUAGUAUUAUGACUUGAUAUUUAAGUUAUAUAUUUGCGAUUGAAUUAAAAAAGUUAUAAAUAAAAGUCGUUAUAUUA